GUCCCGUCAAAAUUAUAUUAAGUUGUAAAAAAAGCAAUUCAGAGAAUAAAAACAAACACAUGUGAAACUAAUUUACUAUACUUUUAUCAUAUAAUGCCACGAAAGGGAAAGAAGAAAGGUGUUGAGAAGAAGAGUGAUGGGGUAGUGCCGGAGUAUGCGUCUGAUGAUGAGCGCCUAUACGGACGGUUGGACAAACCAGACCCAGAGUCCAGGGAGUAUAUAUAUGAUGAUGUCGAUGAGUUUCACGCCAGUCGCGAAAAGGUUUUGCUAGAGAAAGGUUUCAAGGAUGAAGACAUGGGUCCAAUGUCGGAUGAGGAGGGUGUUAUGGACCUGGAGUCGGAGGAGAGCGAUGAUGAGGAGAUACGGGAGCUGAAGGCCCAGCUGCGACGCGUGAAGCACCUGCAGCACAAGGCUGACCUUGGCAGUGACAUGGAGGAUGAGUCUGAGGAGGAGGAUGAGGAAGAAGGUCUUCCAGACAACAAAGCCUGGGGCUCAAGACGCAGCAAGUACUAUGGAGAUGACGACAUAGAUCUGAAGGGCCUGGAAGAGGAUGAUGGUGAGGCUGCCAUGGAGGAGCGGGAGGCCCUUAAACUCCAGCGACAGAUGGCUGCCCAGCUGGAUGAGGCUGACCUUGGCCUGGACCUGUUUACCACCUCCCCUGGUCCUCAACCCACCGCCAAGGAAGUGCAUGGGAAGGGGGUGAAGAUCACCAAGGACCUCUCCAAACUGUCACGGAAAGAAAAGCUGAAGUUGCUGAAAAAGGAAUCCCCUGAGCUCUUGACAUUGAUCGAUGAUUUCAAAACAAAGAUGACAGAACUCCAGGAGAGGUGGUUACCCCUGAAGGACCUUAUAGCCGGCCAAAAAUUUGAAGGCAAGGCAGCUGACUAUGUACACACAAAGUUUAAGCUCCUCAUAAACUACUGCAUGAACAUCUUAUUCUACCUGAUGUUGAAGGCAAAGCAGGCCCCCAUACACAACCACCCCGUCAUCAAACGCCUCCUCCAGUACAGGAAUAUAAUGCAGCAACUGGCCCCACUGGACAGCCAGAUGGAGGAUGAGGUAAACGACAUUGUUGGGAGACUGGCUGCGGGGGAGGAAGUCACCCUGACACCUGCCCCAAUACAAACACCCACAGGCACUAUUGUCAGAAGAAAGCGCUCCAAGGCCAGUAAGGGGGUGGAAAAAAAGCGCAAGAUCAGUGAGCUGGUGUCUGACUCUGAUGGUGCCGAGUCUGAUGACCUGUAUGAGGAUGUGGGAGUUCAAAAAACAAAGAUUAAGAAGGCUGUAGGCGACCAGUAUGAGACAAAGGAUGAGCGUGCAGCCCUCGAGUAUUACCAGAUGAUGAAGGCAGGGCGUCCUGAUCAUGAGGGGCAGGAGGAGGGAGAGGAGGAGGAUGUGGAAGGGAUGCUGGCUGGUGUAGGAGAUGAGGGUGAGGAAGAGGAUGGGCUGGACGGUAAACGGGCCAUCAAUUACCAGAUUGAGAAGAACAAGGGCUUGACAGCUCACAAGAAGAAGGAGCUGCGCAACCCACGAGUGAAACACCGAAUGAAGUUCCGAAAGGCGAAUAUCAGGAGGAAGGGACAGUUCCGUGAGCCACGCACAGAGACGUAUAAAUAUGGAGGAGAGAUAUCCGGUAUAAGGGCUGCAGUCAAACGAGGAAUCAAGCUUAAAUAGUUAUCAAUUAUUCUUAAACAUGUACUGUUGAAAAUAAAAAUGAAACCACA